AUGGCAGUCGCUGAUCUCUUCCGACCCCUAACACUCCCCCGCGGUCCGGGCCUUAAAAAUCGGAUACUUCUCGCGCCCCUCACAAACUGGCAGAGCAAUGAGACAGAUGGUAGUGUCUCUGAAGCGGAUGUACGUUGGCUCUCCCGCUGCGCCGCCGGCAACUUCUCCAUGAUUAUGACCUGUGCUGCCAACGUGCAUCCGGACGGAAAGGCCUUUCCGGGCCAAAUGGGUAUUUGGAGCGACACACACCUACCGGGCCUGCGUCGCGUGGCCGAUAUCAUCCGCAAGCAUGGCGGGGUCUCCUCUGUACAAAUACAUCAUGGGGGGGCACGCGUUUCCCCAGCACUCAUCAGCGGCCGGACGCCCGUAGGACCAUCCGCUGUGUCUCCAGGUGUACAAGGCCUCUCGCUUGCCGAGGUGGAACAGGCGCGGGACGCCUUCAUCGCCGCCGCGGUGCGGGCCCAGCGCGCCGGCUUCGAUGGGGUAGAGGUGCAUGCGGCGUUCGGAUGGCUAAUCAUGCAGUUCCUCUCGCCCAUCUUUAACCAGCGCACCGAUAAGUACGGCGGUGGCCUUGAGAACCGAGCCCGGUUCCUCUUCGAGAUCAUCGAUGGCAUCCGCGGCACGUGUCGGCCGGACUUCCAGAUCGGCCUUCGUAUCUCCAUGGAGCGGUAUGGGGUGCCGCUGAUGGAGAUGCGCGAGGUAGCGGCGCGCGUCCUCCGCGAGGCACACAUUGACUAUCUCGAUCUCGCGGUCUGGGACUACCGAAAAAUGGCCACGGAGGCUCCCUUUGUGGGUCAGACGAUGCUCAGUGUCUUCACAACCCUCCCGCGACCAGACAACGUGCGGGUCGGCACGUCUGGCCAUGUCUUGACAGCGCAGCAGGCGGUUGAGGUCCUUGAUUCUGGGUGUGAUUUCGUUAUGAUUGGCAAGGCCGCUAUUCUCGACCCCGAUUUGCCGAAAAAGAUCGAGACAAACGAGGAGUAUCAGGCCCCCAAGCUUCCGGUAACGGCAGAGUAUCUCAAAAGCUCUGGUUUGAGUGAGCGGUUUAUUGACUACAUGAGGACAUGGGAGGGAUUCGUGCUGGAGUCUUAG